AAACCUGACUCUCCAGCCAGCUAUAAUUAUCUUGUCCUGAGGUAGUGAGACGGCUCAAAAAUAUCUGCGGUGACAGAGCCUUGAGUUGUGGGUAAAGUUCAGAAGUCACUGUCAAGCGUGGUUGCCUUCACGGGGGGACACUCAGGUGCAACAUCAGUGUCGUACAACCCUGUACGGAGCUCCAGGGAUCAACAGCUAUUGGGAUUCAAAUGGUAUCUUCGCCUCUCGUUGGGACGAGCUUAGAUGUACUAUCACCCCCUGGGCAGGUGAACAUCGAAAUAUGUCAGCUUGAUUUGAGUUCUCUGAUGCAAUCCUGCAUAUUAUGAUACACCUGGAGUAUGUAUUGCAGCUACUGAAACCAACAGUGUUUACCAGGUAGAUCAAGUGGUGGUGUAAGCCACAAAGUGGAUGGUCGCAACUUGAAUUGUUUGCCUGGCUGCAGGUGUGAAUGUUUGCAGCUCAAUUAAUAUGCAGGAUCUGACUGACGUGGAAAGUUUUACAGAGAAGUUCAUGGCCGUAAAAAGGGUUUGGUGAUUACAUCAUUCAAGAGUUUGAGGAUCUUCAUAAACAUUGUAAUGCAUGACAGAUCCUGUUGUCAGCGAGUGCAGAUUUUUUGCAGUUGCAUUGGUGCAUAUUAAGUCCUGCUGAGUGUUGAUAUAACUGACAAACCUUGAUUCCAUGAUCAAGCAGACCUCAUAAGCUGAUAAGAAGAUCUACGUCAGGAGACGCUUCUUUUACGUGCCAGCAUGUGUUGUGUCAUGGGGAAAUUACUUCCUACUGAUUAUAGUCUUUGACUAUUUUCGCAGAAAUAAUAUGUAUUUUUAUGUCUUCUUUGAUGACUUGCCUGUUUAAUUCAUCUGUAUGGAUAAGUUUUCAUUUUCAUGCCAUGAUGUCUGGCAAACUUAAUGAACUUUUCAUAUAAAAUCUUUUUAAGUGAAACUUGUAUGACGCAUGGAGUAGUUAUCAAACAGCAGACCUGAUGGCUUGCCAGCAUAUAUGAUCUUGUAAUACAUAGCUGUUGACAUCUGGUGACGUGCAUUGCAAGAGGAUUAUUCUUUUGCUGUGGAAAUCAAUCUGUGUCUGAAGACCAUAGACAUAUACUCGAUUUUGGAAAAGCUACUGGCCAGCAAUUAUUGUGGCAUUUCUGAAACUUGCGUGAUAUCGGAUUAAUCUUCAUCAUAUGCAAAUCAGACGUCACGGCAAGGAAGUACAAGGACUAUAUUGUGAAGCGUCUAACUGAGAAGCCAGGACAUCAAAGUGAACUGAUUGACAUGGGAUCAUAAUCUGUAGGUGUGACAUAACCGUAUGGACAGAUAACGAGAAAUCAACACCUGUCUGUUUCACUUGUUGUGGGUGUUUUGCCUGUCGUCACAAAGAGUGGCGUACAUAUCUGUAAGCCAGCUGUCACAAGGCUUUUGAAAGUGACCUGAUAUGUACAUGAAUCUGGUGAAGGAAAUGUAAACAAUCUGGGACCUUAGUGUAUAAUCCAAGAAAUCUACAUGCUAUUGACGUCAUUUGAAAUAGACAUUUGACAGCUGUUGAAAUAUACAUAAAAAGUGUAUACUUCAUGAGAUCCUAUCCAUGUGGCCAAUUCAGUGCUACAUUCAUACAUACUGGCCGUGACAUUCUUUUACACUGACAGGAAUUGUUUUUGAAAUUUUGACACUGAUUAAUCACAUUUUUGGGGAUUUGAAAGGUGACUGUGGAAUUUGUUUACAGUUUUUCGGAAUCAUAACACUGUGCCGUUGGACAGACCUCCACAGUGGUUAAUGAAUUGGAUGUAUUUCAUUAACACCUGAAGUCCAACCAAGUGUAUCUGACCUUCCCAUCAGUGGUAGCCAGUGUUUAUCUAGGUUUAUUAAGCAAGUCUGGAUCGUUUUAGUGUGUUGUGACAGGUUGACGUGGCCUGAAAUAGACGAACUAUGAAAUGCACGCAAUAAGUCUGUCCCAGGAGUGAUGUAAACUUGCUUAUCGACAGAUUUACUGCUCUGUUAUAUUCCUCUGUGUUGUUUUGUGGACAUUACACCGAGGACAAUGUCAUCCCUCGGUCGCCAUCCAAGCUGCAUCCACUUUCCUAAGUUGGAGAAACUCCACCGAUUGCUGAGAAAGUCUUCAAGAAGCCAGCCUGCCAUUGGUCUAAAACAGACACCAAAGUCAAGGCCGACCAUCUUCGGUACGAUCGCACAAGACAAGGCUCCGACUGAGGAUCGACGGAGGCAGAGUGUUGGUCCGCAGACUCUGAGUCUUUCCCAAAUGUUUGACAUGGAGAAAAACGGCUUUGAUAGCCACAUACGAUACAUAGAUGAAACCGAUGCAUUGAUAUUUCAAGACGGCAACCUGUUAUCAGGAUCGCUGGAGGCACUUAUCCAGCAUCUGGUCCCCACAGGAGAUUAUUACCCUGAUAGGACGUACAUAUUUGCGUUUCUCCUGAGUUCAAGGCUGUUUAUCCGACCACACAAUUUACUGGGAGAAGUUUGCCAGGUGUGCAUAUUUCAACAGAAUCUGGCCAAUGACAGAAUUGACAAGAAUUCCCUGGGUAAAUUUGGAACACACAUCGUCAGCCUGUUGAGCGAGUGGACCGAGUUGUUCCCCUACGACUUCAGGGAUGAACGCAUGAUGAAACACCUGAAGGAUAUCACGCAGCGCGUCGUGAAGAUAUACCCCGAACUCAGAAAAGAUAUCAGUGCUCUCAUGCAUAAUCUUCUCUCUCGAUUGUCUCGGCUCCAGAAAUUUGAAGAUGUCUUGGCUAAAUUGAGCACAGAAGCCAUGCAGAAGUCCCAGACCCAGGUCGUCCCCACCACCGACAUCAUGGAGGUGUGCCCCAGCCCGCUUGUCCUAGCACAGCAACUUACACAUGUUGAACUGGAGCGUUUGAGUAUGAUUGGUGCUGAAGAAUUUGUCCAAGCAUUCUCAAAAGAAGUUAUCGAUGGAGAGACUACAUUCCGUGACAUGAAAAAGACAACCAACUUGGAGGCGUAUGUUCAGUGGUUCAACCGUCUCAGCUACCUCGUGGCGUCAGAAAUAUGCUCACAUUUGAAGAAGAAGAACCGAGUCAAAAUGAUUGAGUACUUCAUUGAUGUUGCUAAGGAAUGCAUCAACAUUGGCAACUUCAAUUCGCUCAUGGCAAUCAUAGCUGGCAUGAACAUGAGCCCUGUUGCAAGAUUAAAAAAGACGUGGGCUAAGGUGAACACAGCCAAGUUCCUUAUCUUGGAACAUCAGAUGGACCCCUCCAACAACUUCGGCAGUUACCGAUCAUGUCUCAAGGCGGCAAUGUGGCGCUCACAGGGAGCGGUCGAUGAUCAGGGAAAGAUUGUCGUUCCAUUCUUCAGCCUUUUUGUCAAAGAUCUGUACUUCCUCAACGAAGGCUGCAUGAACAGGCUGUCCAACACUAACAUCAACUUUGAGAAAUUCUGGCAGGUUGCAAAGCAGAUCUCAGAUAUCAUGGCAUGGCAGCAAGUUGAGUGCCCAUUUGAGAAGAGCAACAAAGUGUUGAAUUACGUACUAACAUCACCAGUCUUCUCAGAAACAACGCUUUCACUGGCAUCGUAUGAAUGUGAGCCCCCAGAAAACAGCUAUGACAAGGAGAGACACAAAACACUCAAGGCUCAGGCUGGUUUAUGACAAACAGAGAGAAAGAUGUCAGCCUACUAUCUUUGUGAAUCAUUUUGAUACAAGUACUUAAAAUGGCUGCCGACUGCCCUGUGGUUGUAACACAUCAAUGUGUGUAAAGGAGGAUAUUGUCCAGCUUUGAGUGUUGUGCAGGAUCUGUUGUAGACGCUUCAAGUCAAGAUGUCCUUGCUAGUGCUGGUCAAGAAUCAGAUUGAAGUUGUAAUGUGUGUGAUAAGCAUUGUUGAAGGAGGGACAGUAUCUUCUAAAAUGGCAGUCGGACAAAAUGUCUCAGUGCUGGAGUUAUCUCCCUUUUAAAGGAGUUAUCCCCCCUGCAAAAUGGCAGACACUUGGUGUCCAGACUGAUCUCGAGUGAGAAUGCCUGUGCUAUUGUGCAACCCAAAGACUGUGUUAUUAUGGACACUUCAAGCAUGUGACGAAGAAAUUGCCAGUAUAUUUGUACUGGAUUAUGAAAAGUGCUGUCGAACUUGUUUUUAAGGCACUUUUGACUGUUGCUGGACAACAAAAUGUGCCAUUUGUUACAAAAGUCUGAUGGGACUCUAAUUUAUUUUCCUGGUGGUGCUGAUGAUUGAGUUUAGUUUGCCCUCUCAGGAUGCUGCUUCAUUCGUUCCAUGUUAUUUGUUUUGCAAGCUACAUGGACAAUUUUAACAUUCUCAACAAAAUUUUAUUCUCAGAGAGCCUAGUUAUAUAUCUAUAUAUUAUGAGGAACAUUUCAUUAUUUUUUUCUAAAAAGAAAAAUGAAACAAAAAUGGAAAAUGAGACCAAAGAUUUUUUUUGAGAAUCUCAUGGGAACACUACAGGUUUUAUAUAUCUAUGUAUACAAGACUGUUUUCAGGUGGAAAUAAAUUUGUUGUAUAUGUGGUUUGACUUGUAGAUAUUCAAAAGAAUUUUCAUUUGUAAAUUUCAUAAAUGGCAUUUUCAUACUCGGAGCCAUUCCAAAUUUUCUCUUAUAUUUCGAAUGAUUUUUUCAUUAAGAGGAAAGAAGGAAAUGUUGUUUUUACCAGUCAUCCAUAGAAGGGCAAAAGAAUAAAUGUGGCAAAAUUUACAAAACUGUAAGAAAGGAUAAAUGAUUAUUUUAGCCCAGAUUGAACAAUCACUUGUUUCUUCUGCAUGUGUAGCCCAUAUUUUGAGAUCACUAUCACCAAACUUGAACAUUUUCUGAUCACUAUUCUCAUCCCAUUGGAUUCAUCAUAUCAUACACCAUCAAUACUCAGAAAUAUGGAGACUCAGAUCUGUAUUGUUGUUCUGACGCUUCUCUCUAGUGUUUAGCAGCUGUUGUUGAAUAUGCACUUUGUUGACAGUGGUGCCGAGCCCUAGGCAGACAUAUUGUUAUACUGUGUGAUGCUUUGGUGGCCCUGGUGCUUGCACUUGUAUAUAGAAUCUGUACAUACAAUCAGUCAAAUAAAAUGUGAAUCAUAAA